AGUAACAGUAUUGAAUUGGCGAUACAAGAGAAUACUUCGAAGCGAAAUAACGGCGAAGUGUGUUUUAUUAUUAGUGUGAUUUUAAGUUGUAAUUAGUGUUGUGUAAUUAAAUAGUCAAUUUUGGUAAUUAACUCGGCAGUUUUUAAUUAUCUCGAAUCCCAAGCGAGUAACAAUAUAUAUGUAGCAAGCUAGUGACUACAUUAGGACAAUUACUAUACUCUUUGGACUACAUUCACGGGUAGUGUUUCUAUAUAGUUUGUGACUACAUUUAAUGUACUCUGUGGGUCUGUGGCUUGUAUUGUAUAACUUUGUUUCCAUCUACGCGAAAAAUGGAAAGUAAAGUUAACCACAAUUAGCUCCCGUUUCAUACAUAUAAUUUUUACUAUGGAAGUUGCACCAGACUGCAACUGCAUGCUACAUAUUUCGUAAUCUGUGGAUCACGAAUCGCAUUGGAUUUUUGAUAGUUCCCAGCCGUUUAUUUUCCAUAGCUUGUAAGUAGUGGUAAGUAGUUUGUGCAGGGUUUGUGCGACCUGGUUUUCUUGGUUCUUCCCAGGACAGAGCAUUUUUCCGAACCAGUGUAAUAAGUAAAAAAAAAUACUCAAGAAUUACAUAUGUACGCAAAUCUUUAAAUAAUAUGACGUCAUGGACCUAGAUAAAAGCCUUUUUUCUAGGUUCAUGUAUGACGUAUGAAUAUUCUCGAUAGUCUAUUUUUAUUAAUUUGAAAUUUAUUUUGGUAGCUAACGUGAUUGGACAGUUGUUUCCACAGAACACUAAUACCCUGGUUGUUUCAUGAUAAACCAUUAACUAAAUAAAUUUAUGAUCUUUGAAUUCUCUAUUUUAUAAUUGUAGUUUAAUUAUGAGCUGGUAUACCAAGAAAGAUGUGCUUAAUGACCUUGCUCAUGCCAUGGGAGGCAGAGUAAAAGAUCUUGAGGAGCAGUACAUUUUGGUUGGGGAGCAACCCCCACCUCCCUGCAGAUCUGGUGAAGAAGAUGAUGAUGAAUUAUUAUUACGAUUACAUGGCGCAAUUGGAGGUAAGACAGAUAACGAAUUUGAAAAUGGUCCAGACUUGGCCGGUAUCAAGGAAAUGCUGCGAAUGGUAAUUUUAAUAGUUUUAUCAAUUUUUUACUUUUUUAGUGUAUUUUUAUAAUUUGAAAUUUUAAGAUGUCCUGCGAGCAACUCUCUUAACUAAAAGAGGGUUUGUCUUACUCCUUACGCUUCAGGCGGAUUGACGUUAUUUUCACCAAUCGGUUUACUGUUAGGUAUUAAUAACGACAAUCCAGUCAAGUUAGCAAAUAUUCGACGGUGUUGCACUUCGCAGGUCUGGGUAUUGACUGCCGUAAAUGAGACGGUUAUAGGUAUUUAUUUAUAUGAAGCUGUAAUUUGGCGCGAUUGGCUAUUUCCAUAGUCGCCAAGUAUUGGGGAUGCCACUAAAGCGUAUUUAAUCUAUCUAUACAAAUAAAUAAAAUUGAAGUGUCAAAAUAACAGCUUUUUACUAAUUGCAUAUAAAAGUAUAUAGGGUACCUAUAACAAAAAGAUAAUUUUUAAAAUUUUUGUCUGUCUGUCCGUCUGUAUGUCUAUUUGUUCCGGUUGAUCUCCGAAACGGCUGGACCGAUUUCAACGGGAUUUUCACUGGCAGAUAGCUGAUGUUAUAAGGAGUAACUUAGGCUACUUAUAUUUUAGAAAAAGCAUUAGGGUUCCGCGCUUCAUUAUUAAAAACCCUUAAUUACACGCGGGCGAAGUCGCGGGGAACAGCUAGUUUUAUACUAAAAUUACACAAAAUCAAUUUAUUAUAUAAAAUAACAAUCAUUUUAUUAUAUAAAAUAACAACAUUGAUGAGAAAUAAUAUGUUAACAAAUAGAACUAUUAAUUUUUCGUCACUUUAUACUUAACUUUAGUGUGGAAAAAAAUCAAAUUUAUUAUAUAUUUUAAGAAAUCUAGUUAAACUUAAGGAAAAAAACAUAACCUUUGCUUUUUUUUUCGGACUUCAAAAAAAAGGAGGUACUCAAUUCGACUGUAUUUUAUUUUUACUUGAGGUACCUGAGAACAUUUUUCUAGGUGAACCGACUUCGAUGAUUCUUUUUUUAUUUGAAAGCUGGUACUUCUCAUGUGGUCCCAUAUAAAUUUGAUCAAGAUCUGACCAAUGUUUUUGAGUUAAUUAUUUUAUUUCAAAACUUUAUUGUGGUAACGAAUAAAAAGGUUACAAAGGGCGGACUUAAUGCCAGUUAGCAUUGUCUGCCAGUCAACCCAUGGCGUGGUGAGAAAUUAGUGGCAGGUGACUUAAGUAACUAAAUACAAUAAAUUUAUAUAAAUAUAACACCUACUAAAAUAAGGCUUAUAAAUUACACAAAUGCAUAUGAAUACAAACAAAUACAUAAUAAUCCAUUAUAAUAUUUUUUAACUUUUUAUUCACUUGUUCAAUUGUGGGAACUUUAGUUUUUCAUAAUCAUAAUCAUUUAUUUCGUGGAUCAUAGGUAUUACAUAGAUGUUAGAUACAUUAUUAUAUAAUCAAGUUCAACAAUGUCCUACCCUGUGAGCAUACGAAGUACAAUAUUCAUUUAAGGUACCUAAAAAAAUAACAAAAAAAUGGAACGUAAACAAAACAUUAGUGGAUAUAGAAUUUGAGAAAAGAGUUAAGUAUGUUGGAAAUCUAAUGACGUCAUAAAUAUAUUGAAUAAUAACUAUGUUUUAUUAUGUACAUUUUAAAUAAUGACCUUGCAAUAUUUGAAACAAAUAAAUAGUGACACAUUUCAUUGUUUUUUUUUUUUUUCAUUUAAAAUUAAUUAAUAAAUAGUAUCAAAUAUAAUGUAAUAACAUUUAUAUUUAUGUUAACAUAAUUAUGUUAAGCAAAUUAUUUAUUUAAUGGUUGAUCCUGUGAUUUUUUUUAUAAUUUUAACUAUUGGGUAUAAAAAAGUCAUCACUAAAGAAGUUAUUUAAUUUAUAAAUAGGAUUUGUCUAUUAGGACACAGACAAGCGUUUUUUAAAAGAUUUAACAUUUUUUAUAUCUUUGAUUUUUUUUGGGUAUUUUGUUAUAGUUUUGGCGCCAUGCAAAAUGCGCUUUUGUUAAAUAACACUUUUAUACUUGCAUUUUAUCAUAUCAUCAUCGCAUUUUAUUAUAAAACAAACAUAAAUUUUUCAGGUCUAUUUAUUUACCAUUUUUAUUUACAGGUUGACAAAUACCAAAGUCCUGACAGUGAUGAAAGUGAUAAAACCAGUUUUCAGAAUAAUACCUGUACUAUGAUUACAAUAAGUAAAUUAAAUCCUGAUGUACCAGACUUUGUUCCAAAGAGCAAAAGUACAGUAAAUGUUAAUGUAGAGACGCAUGCAAAUCAAAUAGACGAAUUAAAUUCUAAUG